UUCCCCCUUGUCUCCCUCCUCCUUUUGUCUUUCUCUCCCUCUUUCUCCAUCCUCUUCCCUCUCUCUUUUUUGUCCUUAUCACUCUCUCUCUCUCUCUCUCUUUCUCUCCUCCCCCAGCUCCCUGGCACCAAUAACAAGAGCGAGAUCAGCAGUGGCUGCAGCGGACGGAGCUUUCUGCAUGCGGAGGACAGAGGAGACCUGCACCUAGCCUGUAACAGAGAGAGAGAGAGAGAGAGAGAGAGAGAUGGUAAAACAAGGAACUCCAAGGGAACAAAGGCGGAAAAAAAGACAGGACAUUGUUUUCGUGGAUCCUGUUCUCUUAAAUCUUUUCUAUGACUGUGCCUCCGGGUCCUAAUGUAAAAUUCAUGGAUGAAGAAAUACUUUAAAAAGCACAGGAGAGAGAGAGCUUGGGCUAAUUCAGGCAUCUAUAAAACAUAUUGUCAUCAUUUUACAAAGGUAAAAGGCUUACAAGAAUGUUUAAGGUGUUGCUACUGUUCAGUGCCAGCAGGGAAUAUCUGUUACCCAUGUUCUUGUACAAUGCAAUAGAAGUAACUGUCUGCUACGUGUGACCCACCGCUCACUAUGAGGCUGUCCUGUGUCUUCUGGCCACGACUGUUUUGGGCCUUCUUUUUUUGGCGAUCAGUCAUAACAAUGGUAGAAGCAUCUCCACUGAACUGCCAGGGUACCUGUGUUUGUGCCAGUGACGUCAUCACUUGUUCCAAGAAGAACCUUACCAUAGUUCCCAGUGGUCUACCGAAGUACAUAGCAAUGUUGGAUCUCAGUCACAACAACUUGACACGUCUGAGGGCUGAAUGGACUACAAGUCCCCUAAAGAGACUGCACACAUUAUUGCUCUCGCACAAUUUUAUCACCUUUGUAUCGUCUGAGGCUUUCAUUUUGACUCCAAACCUGCGGCACUUGGACCUGUCCUGUAAUAAACUGCGUACACUCGAGGAGAAUGCAUUUAGUUAUUUGGAAAACCUGGAGGUCCUCCUUCUCUUCAAAAAUGCAAUUGUAGAUAUUGAUCGCAGUGCUUUUGAUGAAAUGAAGCAUUUGCAGAAACUAUACUUGAGCCAUAAUUUAAUGCAACGCUUUCCUCUUGAGCUUGUCAAGGAUGGAGAAAAAUUGCCAGAGUUGUCAUUCCUUGAUCUGUCCUUCAAUCAUAUAAGAAAUCUCCCAGUGCCACAGCUGAGGACACUACCUGCCUGGCUGAGCAACAGGCUUUACUUACAUGGAAACCAACUGACCUGCAACUGUGAAUUGUAUGGACUUUUCUGGAAUUGGCAUGUCCGAGAGUUGGCAUCCACUGUGGAUUUCCGAGAAGAACUACGCUGUCAUCCACCCUUUCAGCAAAGGACCCUUUUAGUAAGUGUUUUUUCCCUUAAUAGUAGUGAGGGAAUGAACUGCAGCAUUGUACGAAAAACUGGACUGGAGGCAUAUUUGGAGGAAACAGUCACUUUAAACUGUGAUACUAAACAAAGACAUGUGAGCCAGGUUUGGAUCACUCCUGGCAAUGAGUGGAUACACAAACACUCUGAUGGGACUCAGAAAAAUCGUAGCAUAUCUGUGCUGAGUAAUGGCAGUCUGCAAAUUAAAAAAAUCCGCUUGGAGGACAGAGGGACAUACACAUGCUAUGCCCAAGGGGAAGCCCUGAAUGAGACUCUGUAUGUAACCCUCAGUGUGUUCAACUUCACACAGCAUGAGCACCCAGACACACUCAAUACAGCAUACACCACACUUGUGGGCUGCGUGGCUAGUGUCAUCCUAGUGCUGAUCUAUUUAUACUUGACACCGUGCCGCUGCUGGUGUCGGCCAGGUGAUAAGGAUCAAGGAGAAGACAGGGAUAGCAUCCGCUCCUCAGUCCUCAGUGCCACCCCAAACCAUGAGACCACCAGUGACAAAGCAGCUCUCAGCCGUCAUGUGGCAUUUCUGGACCCCCCUGGAGAUCGGCGUGGUCAGAAUGGCAAACUAAAACCUAAUGGUUCGCAAGAAGCACAUGGGGUUAAGAGUAACGCCCUACAGCCAUCAUCACCACACAGGAGGUUGUCAGAUCCAGGUUCUAUAAGUUCAGUGUUCUCAGACACCCCCAUUGUGGUAUGAGAGUGAUGUUUGUAGAAGUAAAGCUACAGUAUCAUACGGAACUUCCACCUCUCCAGUCUCCUGAACCCGCAUGUGCAUGUUAGGUUGGUAUUCAAUGGCCAGGAAAAAAAGACAGAAGUGAGAUAUAGCAAAUAUAAAAUGGGGAUAUUUAAUAUGGUGAGGAUAUUCAGAGGAAACUAGGUUUACAUGCUGAGAAUAGUGCAAUAUAUAUGGUAAGAAGAUAAUGAAAACCUAAAACAUGCUUGGAUUAGUCCAGCAAUAAGCAAACAAAUUGUAAAUCAUCUAUUUUUAGGGUAGGAUUAAAUGCACAGCUGAAUACAGCACUUAUGUUUGCGCCCAACAAUAGCAACAAUUGAGCCCACAAUUCUAAUUUUCAUAUAUAAUUAUAUGUAUUUAUACUGUUUAUCAUUAUGGAAACUUUGCAGAUCAGUAUUAACCUGAUCUUACAUUGUGUUUAAAAAGAACCCCCUAAAAACUAAAUCCUAUAGCUCUUAAGUUGUGCCGAUAUGUGAAAAGGCUGAAAUGUCUAAGCCUAACAUAUCACUUUAAACUAAUGCAGCUACUGAAGCACAUUCACCGAUGCAGUUAUUCAUGCACUAUAUCCAUAAGCGAUACCCUAUACGUUUUCAUGUUUUAAUGCAGACAGUCAUUGUCAUCUCAGGCUAGCAACGAUUAUAUUUGUCUAAAGUAAUUCUGCAUUAUAAAUCAUCUAUCCCAAGGAUAGGCAAUUUACUACUGACUAGUAAGAUAUAAUAGCAGGGUCGUAGCAGAACAGCCGGGACUAGAGAAAAGUUAAGAGUACUAAGGGCACUUUGGGUGGCAUUGCGAUGGCUUCGUAGUAGAGAUUGAGUGCCCCGAGCAUCAUAAGGGUGUGCCAGGUGGUGACUCUGUGGGCUGCAGGGUACCAUUCCAGGCACCUGCAUGCCAAAUACUGUCCAGGGUGCAGCAAUUGUGGUUCCCCUUAAGCCCUGCAGCCUGGACAGUGCAGCAAUUGUGGUUCCCCUUAAGCCCUGCACCCUGGACAGCGGCACCGCUCGCCCAACCCUAGUUAUGGCCCUGCAUAAUAUGAGUGUAAUUCAGUAACAACUGGAUGCAGAUGUUGAAUACUCUUAUUUUACCCAACCAUAUUUCAAUAUAAAAAUGUACUAAUAUGACUAGCACAAUAGUAUAUAAAGAAUUAUUUGGGGUUUAGUCUACACAAGACUAAUGCUAGCAAUAUAUCAGGAAGAUAUGGUUCCAACCAGCCAACUAGUUGGCUGGUUGGAACGAUAAUCUAGCAGUGUGUGGGAGGAAACGAUUAUCAGCAGUUUGCUCCCACACGCUAAAAUACUUCCAGAAACGGUCGGUCCAACUAGUUGGGAAAAUCCCAACUAAUUGUGAAGGUGUAGGAGGAACUUUCCCCCCAACUGAACGAUAAGUAGGCGGAAACUGUCCAGCAGUGUCCGCCUACAUCUGUCACACACACGGAUUCCCGGCAGCAGCAGCACUGUGGAGCAGGAGCUGGGAGGAGGUUCAGGAGCAGCUGCGGAAGUUCAUCACUGCUGCUGGGCUGCCCCUGUCACACCAAGACCCCCAGCAGUGGCGGUGGAGCGGGAGGAGGUUCAGGGGCAGCUGUGGCAGUUCAUCACUGCUGCCGGGCUGCCCCUGUCACACCGGGACCCCCAGCAGUGGCGGCGGAGUGGGAGGAGGUUCAGGGGCAGCUGCAGCAGUUCAUCACUGCUGCCUGGCUGCCGCUGUCACACUGGGACCCUCAGCAGUGGCGGCGGAGUGGGAGGAGGUUCAGGGGCAGCGGCACUGGAGGGUACAGUGGCUGGGCAUGCCUUAUGCGACGAAGAUGCUAUUACCGGCGGGUUCAGGACUGGGGCAGAUGCAUGGUGCCGACCAUUGUGUCCCACAUGAGGCAGGCUGUGUUCUCCGUGUACUGCAGGCUAGGAGGGAGGCGACUGUGCCUCGCUGACUGCUGUAUACACCGUGCUGCUGCACCUCCACUCUGGGGACAUUUGUGGAGCUACUACCCCUGGCAGCAGCACCCCUGGUAUUAUCAGGGCUGCUCUGUGCCCAGCCCCUGGCUGUCAGUGGGAGAAGGAAGCGCUGACCUGUGUGCUGUACAAAUGCAGGUACAUCCACAUAUAUUGAACUAUAUCAGUGUAUCCCCCCCCCCCCCAUAUAGAACAGGCUCUACUUGGCAUAAUGCGUGUAAGGGGCUCUACCUGGCGUAAUGUGCGUAAGGGUCUGUAAACGGCAUAAAGAGUAUAAGGGCUGUACCCAGUGUAAUGUGUCAGAGAUGUCAGCAACUAUGUAUCACUUUAUGUAUCUGUUUGUGGUAGCUGUAGCUUAUACAAAUAAAGUAUUUAUUUGUUACCUUCAACAAAGGUAAAUUAAUUCAGCUGUAAUGCAGUAGUUCAACAGUUCAGUCCUGUUCCCUAGAUAACUGAAAACCUGUCAAUAGCAUAAAAAAGUAUAUUGAAAUAUAUUUCUAAAAAAAAUUAUUCAAAACAUGCAAAGUAGGCAGACACUGUCCGCCUACUUCUGUGACAUCAUGUGUUGGAUAGAAGUUGGCUGGUUUGAUGAAAAGUUGGCUGGGUGACUGGUUGGAUGAAAAAGUUGGUUAGGUGUGUGGGGCAGCGUUUUACUUGGACAGACAAGUUGGUUGGUCAGUUGGAUGGUUGGAGGACAGUUGGUCUGAUGUAUGGCUAGCAUAAAUGUAUAAUGUGUAUAAUACAGUGCCUCUAGUUGGGUCACCUAGGGGGAUGUGGUAAAAUCUGAAUAGGCAGUGUGCAAAGUGUCAUUGUCACAUCAAAGACUCCCUACAAAGUUACAAUCAUCCAUUUCCAUAAUGCUCAGCUUAGUCUCAUCAUUUCAGCGAGGCGACAUUGGUGCUGUCCUUAUUACAUGCCAAAGCACCAAGAGAAACUUCCCAGUCAGCUGUAGUAACCUGGUACUACUGGGAAGGUGCAUCUAUGCCUCCCCCAAUGCGCAGCGGAGUAAAUCAGGGCCUGAUUCUCAUUUCUACGUUAAAGCUGCCAAAAUCAAAGUCAGGCCCAGAGUAUAUGCCAAAGCAUAGCCACGUCUAUCCUCCACACCCACCGAUGUGUCAGCUGCCCUGAUAGUAGCUACCAAUGCAUGUCUAAAGCUUUAUUGUUACAUUGAGCAAAGUGCACAUUUCUUCUGAAAUGCAACUGGAAGGUGAAAAGUAUCCCUAAUAUAAGCCAAAUCUCUGCCAGCAUUCAUGCCUCUAAAAAUUACCCUUCACUGCUAUUUUGAGAUGAUGGCUUUGAUAUCUGCAACUAGAAAUCAUUUCUUUCUUCUGGAGUGAUCGCUUGUAAGACACUGAGGGGGAGAUGUACUAAGCAGUGAUAAAAGUAGAGAAGUGAUCCAGUGGAGAAGUUGCCAAUGGCAACCAAUCAGCAUUGACGUAACGUAUAUAAAUUGCAUACUAUAAAAGUAUACAGACCAGCUCAUUGGUUGCCAUGGGCAAGUUCUCCACUGGCUCACUCCAUCACUUUUAUCAUUGCUUAGUACAUCUCUCCCACAUUGCCAGCAUUGAAGGUGUUCUUUAAAAAAAAGCCAUGAGAUGCUGAGAAAUGUAUCAAGCUACAAUCCGCACCACAGGAAUAGUCAGUGAAUCUGUUCAGCUCUACGUGAGUGCUCAGAACCAGAUGAAUAAGGUUCCUCUUGCCGUUGAGUACUAAUAAACUCACAGGGCGAGAUUCAAAUGAUUUUUUGGCCGGCAGCCACUAGAUGGCGCAGAACGGGGAUAUUCAAAUCUAGCUCCGUUCGGGCGCGAUCAGCUGCCAGAGUCUACAUUUCAGGUCGCACCCGCUGGGGUUGGCACUUUUCCCGAUCGUGGUGUCACCCUGUAUGGUCGGUCCCCUCCUAGUGAUGCUACCGGGUAAGAGUAAUGAAUCACAGGUCAGCAAGAGGGGGUUUUCCAUAACUGGGCAACCCCUUGAGGAUUAGAGCAAUGAUCUUAGAAUGUGCAAAGUUACAUUUCCUACUAAAUUUCAGCAUCUAUAAAAGCACAGUCUCUGUGUCUUGAGAUUCCAUAAGUGGGGAUCAGGAUAUGUUUAUUCUGUUACUGGGCCCUUUUUUUAUCCUGCAGAGCAUUUACACUGAAUGAUGUGUAGCUCUCCAUUACUGAAAACCAAUACCUUUAGCAGGGAGAUUGCUUGCUGAAGUGAGGUACACGGUGGGGUAAAAGAGAUGCAUGCAUUGCUAAAGGGAUCAGAAUGUGUCACUGAUUCUGUUACUGUUAAGGAGGCUCCACUGACCUACCAGCUAUCUCAGUGGGCUCUUUCUUGAUUAUAUUUGUUUCACUUCUGUAUAUCUGCACAAUACCCUGGGAAACAUGCACAUGGUUUUUGGUAUACCUAUAUGCAGGACAACCAAUUAGAGGGUGUUUCAAUUAUUGGCAAUGUGCCAUUGGCUAUCACUGCGAUGUUGGCUGUGUGCAUUACCAUCUAUUAUUGUAGCUGAUUUUCCUGCUUACCUCUAUGUGGUAGAAGAUGGAUGGAAGUGCAAUAUAGAUGCGUUGCUGAGAACUGAAUAUAAAUUAAACUGUAUAAACCAAUAAAUAGAGAAUAAACUCUAUGUGAACUGGAACCAUACUCCUAAAAACUGCACCGGUCUUCAAGGUAUAAAUUGAGACCAGUUAUGAAGAGGUUAAAUAUAGCACAAUAAAAAUAAUAGGCUUAAUUCUCUUGUAUCAAUUUUACAACAUAGCAUUUCUAAAAUAUAGGCCAAUAAAAUGGCUGUAUCCUACAUACCGUUUCCAACAUAUUUUAAAAGGACAGACACAGCCAUCUUUUUAUUAAUACAGUACCUUGGGGUAAAUUUAUGAAGCCAGAGGUGCGGGGGGUUGUGCGAGAAUGGCCAUAUUUUUAAAGUGGCAGUCAGGUUGGUUUUCCCUUAUAAAUGAUUGCCGCUUUAAAAAUAUGGUUAUUCUCAAACUCCCGCCCCUCUGGCUUCCCACACCCUAUUGCAUUUACUCUCUUGUCUCAAAAUGCUGAUUUAAUUUGUAAUUUAAAAAGAGGUGAUUUCAUUGAAUUACUUUCCCCUGGAUUUUAAAAAUAUGGGUCUUACAUGUUUUCCAUUAUACAGUAUGUUCUAGACAUACUGAUGACAUAAGCUUCGAAGUCAAAAAAAGUUGUGUCAUUUGCCUCUAGGUCCUUUCAUUGUCUGUGUGUAUGUGUGCAUGUAUAACUGGGCGGAGGCACGUUCUGCUUACAAGAGUAUUAGGGAAAGCAAAAGAAUGCACAAGGGGAACGUUGAAGAAGAAAAUAUUUUGAACUGAAUUUAGUAUUAUAAUUGUGUUUGUAAUUUGUGAGAAAAGAAAUAGGAACACUACUGCAAAAUUUAGACACUUUAUCUAAAAGUAAUGUCAGUGUAUUUAAGUCUACUUAAUGUCUCACAGUUGGAGAUUUGCCAUAUUCCUUCAUUAGUUUCUUCAACAAGUUUUCCUCUGUUUUCCUUUCUUAUAUGUGUCUUACUGUAUGUCUUCCCCGUAAGCAGUUGAGAUCUGCUCCUUGUACGAAAUAUACAUACAGAUAUAUAUAUAUAAAUAAAUAUAUAAAUAUAGAUAUUACUUUAUUUAUUUAUUAAGUCAGAAACAUGGCUGCAUUGUUAUGAUUUGAA